CGUCACUCCCGAGUUCCUGCUUCCUCCAAGCCCCCUAUGACGUGUCUGUCCCUCAGCAUGACCCCGUACCUGAACACGUACCUACUGACCUGCCCCUCGCCUUUACUUCCUCUUCCUCCCCGCCCUUUCUCUGGCUGGGUGACUGCUGGUUGCCAGGCAACGCCUUGAAGUAAGGAGUCCCGGUCGGCGCACGGUCCUGGGGCAGAGUUCCACGUUUACAUUGGUGUCGUCGCUGAGAGAGUCGCCUGUAAAGAGUUGGCGGCUGAGGACGCCGGCCGGAGGUUUGAGCAGCCGUACUUCAGAUUAUGGGAUUGGGGAGUGGUCGCAGGGCAAUGAAGUCUCCUCCGCUUCUGAUCGCUGUGCUCCUAGCGUGCGUGUUUGUCCUGGGAAUAAACUACUGGAUUACGAGCACGCGAUGUGUGGAAUUACAGAGCCGAGUGAUGGAGUUGGAGAACCGGAUUCGCCGGGCAGCAGCAGAGAGAGGGGCAGUUGAGAUGAAAAAGAAUGCAUUUGAAGACAUGCUGUCGAAGCAGAAGAAGCAAAUUGACACUAUCCAGUCCUUGCACAGCUCCCAGAUGCUGAAUAUGCAGCAGAUAUGUAAAAGUGAGACGGAGAAUUUGCUGAACAAUGCAACUCUUAAAGACAGCCUUCUAAAGAAACUUCAAGCGGAAAUAGCUAAUGUUCAAAAACAAUUAGAAGACUCCAAGCUGGAAUUUAAGGACCUUAAAGAAAGCCAAGCCAAGAAGCUUUCCUUUGAGUUGGCCCAGUGCAGCAAUAAGAUAGCAGAGGUGAAUGAGCAGUGCGAGGAGAAGAUCCGCAGGUUGAAAGCAACAGAUGCAAACGCUGAGGAUGAGGAAAAAAAUAAAAGCAAGCCUGAGAAGAUAAAGCCUGUGACAUCAAUUCAAGAUAUUAACCAGAAAGUCCUUGAUAUAAAAGAAGAGCAGAAAGUUGUAACAAGUGCUGUGAAGCCACCAGUGGACUCCAAUAAGGAGGGUGCUCCUUCCCUAGAAAAUACAGAACAAACAAAGAACUUGAAUGUUGUCUUGGACAAAAAGAAUCCUAGUCCUUCACCUCCACAGCCCAAAAUACAAAAGGAUGAACAAGAGGAGGAGCUUCAGAGUGAAGUUAACCCUAACCUUGCAAAUGCAGAUGAGGAUGAUGGGGAGCCCAAAGUAGAGGAUGUAGAAGAGACUAAUAAAGAACCUGAAAACGAGGACGUUGAGAGAGAGAACCUAAUAAACAUGGAAGAUGACAAAGAAGUCGCCAAGGAAAUCCAACAAGACGGAGAAAAACCAAACGAUUACAAUGGAGACGAAGCAAACGAAGCUGAAUCUGAAACUGAAAAACAAGUGGAACUGAAGGCUAACGAUCAAGAGGUAGAGUCUAAGAGGAAUUAAAAAUGGAAAUGAAUUGAAUGAACUUGCAUUCAACCAACAGGCCGAGUAAGAUGAUGAUCCAAGACUAAAAAAGUGUACUGGCCCCAUGUCUUAAACUACCUACCACAGUGUCCUCAACAUGAGAUGCCUUAAGAUGAAUUAGAAUGCAGAUGACUUUAAGAACUGAAGUUUAGCACACAGAAACAAACUUAAAGACUGUUUUUCCAUUUUCUCAAUCUUAGUUGUUUUUUUUAAUCUGAGUCUUUAUCACACUGCCCUUCUACACCUUAAAGCCUUACCACAGACUGAGUAACAAAUCGCAGUGAGGUUAUAAUGCCUUAAGGGAUCUUAGCACAUUCAGAUGGAUAGGCAACAGCUGAACAUUGGACUAAGACAUUUAUGGAUAAUAUGUAAAUUAACUUUUGGUAAUUAAUUCUUCUAUGUGUUUUAAUGACCGGGUAAGCGUGCACAUAACCUAUCCAUACUCAUCAAUAACACAAUGGCAAAACACCAGGGCCAAGUGAUGCAUUGACUUUAGUCUAGUGCAGGCAUCCUCAAACUGUGGCCCUCCAGCUGUUGUAAAACUACAACUCCCACAAUGCCCUGCUGUAGACUGAUACCUAUACGCUGUUCAGGCAUGCUGGGACUUGUAGUUUUGCAACAGCUGGAGGGCCGCAGUUUGAGGAUGCCUGGUCUAGUGCUAGAUGCUAGGCUAAUGAGAACACAUACAUAAGGGGUUAUUUUGCUUGCCAUGUUGCUUUAUGUGUAAUGAGUCUUUUCAAGGUAUUUAAGGGGGUUCCCUACUUUUUGCAUUACAUUCAGAAGUGCCACCUUAGCCCACUCAGAGAAGUCCCUGGGUACCAGUGUAAACAAGCAGUGGUGUCCAUAGCUUCCCAAGAUGACGUUUUUUCCCUCUACUGUGUAGGCCUUGAAAGCAUUCAUCGCAGGCACUGAUAAUAUCCAUAGCUUUCCUGUAUCUGCACCUUUUGUUGAAUCCUUUCAGGGCCUGCACAGAAGAGGAGACAGUCAUGGACAAGGGUGGGAUCUUUUCCAUGCAGGCCAAGAUAAGGCCUGAAGAGAAAGGGCAGCUCCUUAUCCCAUUACAUCAGGGUGUGGCACUUCUGAAAAAUAUGCUGAAAGCAGACUUUUUAACUAAUAAUCGGUUUUGGGGGUUUAGGUUUGGUGUAUGUAGAAAAAUCAUUAUUUUAUUGAAGUGUAGCUCAUGUCGUGCUUGAGUAACAUCUGUAGGCAGAUCAGUUACUGGAGAUUCUUUACCUUCAGCAGAAGAUAUAAUGAUGCGCCCCACCAUUAUGUCAGUGAGUUAAUCUUAUUUUUGCAUUUGCUGCUGACAUAUAGGUUUAAGACAUCCACCACAUGUCUAUAGGCUCAACACAUACUUCAUGAAUAUAUGGCAUUCUAAUAUAAAACGACAUCUCUGCCUUAAUACAUGUCAUGUUUCUACUAGACUGUUGCUGAAGUCGUUGACCCUUCAUGCUCAUUAGCACAUGGAAACAAUGGGAACCAAAUGACUCAUGUUAUGUACCAAUUGCUGCUACAGUUUUGGCUGAACCAUUGGUCAGAAGCCGGGAGCCUUUUUGCUAAAUGUAUGUGCGGUUGCAAAGAUUGGUCAUUAAUGCAGUGGUUCAGUCUAGCCUAAAAAACUGAAUAGAAAUGUAUCAUAAAGCAAAAGAGUAAUUUCACAGUAUAGUAUCCAUUUGAGAGUGGCACAAAUGAAUCCAAAGAAAACCACUGUGAAAGCGGAGGCAUAUGGGGGUACAGUAUGACCCAGUAAACUGCUGCAAGACUGAGCCUCUGAUGUGGUAUCAUAGCUGUUUACAUGAGGCAUUAUGUGUUUUAAAGGGCAUUUGUCAGCAGAUUUGUACCUAUGAAACUGACUGUCCUGUGGAAUUUGCGCUUGGCAGCUGAAGACAUCUGUGUUGGUCCCAUGCCCUCCUUGGUAAGAGAAACGUUUUAAUAUAUGUAAAUGAGCUUUUAGGUGCAACGGGGGCGUUGCUGUUACACUGAGAGACUCUGCUUUCUCUGCAACUACCGCGCCCUCUCCACUUAUUUUCACUGCCUAGAGCUGUCAAUCUGUCAUCACGCCGGGCCUGACUGAAGUCAAUCAAACUGCAGAGGGCGUGACACUUGCAGAGAGAGCUGAGCCUCUAUGUGGAACGACAACACCCCCGCUGCUCCUAGAGGCUCUUUUCUCUGCACUGCGGGCACAUAUGAACAUGGGACCAACACAGAUGCCUUCUGCUGCCAAGCGCACAUGUAACAGGUCAGCCAGUUGACAGACUGGCCUACAUUUGAGUCUCCCCUCCAUUGUUAUGCAGCAAAUAAUCCCAGCACUGACAUAACCUUGCACUACAUUUAUAUGAACCCCAUAACCUUUGAGCACAAUAUCCUUCCCAUCUGUACAUCCUGCUGUUGUGUGUUUUUUGUAUCACAUCUAUGCGGUACAGUAAUUUGCCUAAAUCACCAUCUAUAGUGUAAUCUACUUACAUGACAGUUUCCAUAAACUGUGAAUGUAGCUUUGAUCAAGCCAUGAAGGAGAAAAGGAUCAAUAUAUUUUAGGUAGAUUGCACCGACUUAUUAUUAUUUUUUUAACUUUAGCUGGGUUGAUACUGUGUAUUUAUCUGCAAAGAUGAAAUUGUACAGCAGAUGUUAAUUUAUGAACUUUUAUGGAUUAUUAAAGUAGAUUACUAUAA